AUGGCUGCCAAAGAGAACCGAGCCUCCAAGGAUUCAGCUGCCAAGCGCAAUGUGGUUUGUGGCACUUUGGCACUUUGGCACUUUGUGGCUGAGGAGUUCGUGCACUACAAGUGCUAUGUGCAGUCCGGCAUGUUCCACCCCCAAUACUUCGUCCGAUCCCACCGCUACUCUGUGGCAUGUGCCACAGGGUCUCUCAUGGAGUCCACCACUUACGCGAAGCUCAAGAGAGAUACCAUCCGCGAGUACAGGCUAUCGGCCUGCAAGGAUGAAGAGGACUACGAAUACGAAGACCUGGAGGAGAAACAAAGAGCCAUCCCACUCAAGGACCUGAAAGACAAGAACCAUCUCGCCAAUGGGACACGCGACACCUGGUUGGGUCUGUUGGGUCUUGAUGCCCUUGAGGCAGGCGAUCUUGAUGCAGGCGCUCCACCGGGCUCCCUCAUCGUCCAUCUUGAGGGUGGCGUCGUCAUGAGAGUGCACAAGUCAGGAGGCUCAAUGACGAAGAGCCCCCCUAAGAAGGUCAGCAAGUACGCGUUCGCCCUUUCCGCCAGGUUGCCGUAG